CAGAAGAAAAGAAAUGGCAAGAAAGUUUGAAGGCAAAAGAAUUAGAAUUACAGCAAGCUAAGAAGGAAGUAUUAAAAAGUAAAGAGGAAGUACUCAAAGCUGCCGGAAACCAGAAGGAUAAAUACUGUAUGAAAUGUAUGGAUACAAUUACUGACCCUGUAAGACUAAACUGUGGUCACAAUUUUUGUAAGGGUUGUAUUGACGCACAGUUCAAAUCCAAACCAGCAUGCCCAACAUGUGGUCACGUUUGUGGUAUCAUAAUAGGUGAUCAACCGAAUGGAGACAUGAGAUAUAUUGUAGAAAAGAAAACUGACUGUGCUGGCUAUGAAGGAUAUGGAAUGAUCGUAAUAACUUACAUCUUCCCUUCAGGCAGGCAAGGGCCUGACCAUCCCAGCCCUGGAACCACCUAUAGAGGGGUCACAUCGGUUGCCUACCUUCCAAACAAUGACGAAGGCCGUAAAAUAUUAGCUAUGUUGGAGAUAGCAUUCAAAAGGAAAUUGGUAUUUACAAUAGGAAAUUCAAGGACAACCGGACAGGAGGGUGUGAUUACAUGGACUGAUAUACACCAUAAAACAAACCCAGGACCUAACCAACAAAAUGGUUACCCAGAUCCCGGUUACUUCGAAAGAGUUAAAAAUGAUCUUGCUGUAAAAGGUGUUACUGAAAGAGACAUACCGAGACAAUAAGCAUAAUACAUAGAUCGUCAAACAAAUUUUAAUGAAUAGAUAAUGUAGUAUUUAUGUAUGUAUGACCGUUCUAUGAUUGUAGUAAUUUAUUUUUCAUUUUCAAAUUGUUUGAAAUUGAAUAAGAACUUGAUAUAAUUGAACCCAAAUUAAAUUUGUUAAAUUGUUAAGAUGUUGUUUUUACAAUAUACCAAUGUAUUUAUUUUGAAGUAUCUCAUGAGUGUCAUAUAAUAAAGCUGUUACCAUAGACUUCUCAAAAUAACUUAUCACUCACUCAUAUUUUAAUAAUAAAGCCUUAAAGAUGUAUUUUGGUCAUCUUACGGUAAGAUACAUUUAUUGCAGAAAUGUAUUGAAGUCAAGAAAAUUCAUAAUAAACAUUAUGAAUUAUUUAAAUAUGAGAAUGCAUUAACUAUGUUUUGGAAGUUGUAUUCUCUAUUACUGGUCAAGUUAUUUUGUCCUUCAAAAAAAAGAAAAAAACUGACAUUUUUUUAUAUUGAUACAUAUAUUCAUACUGUGUCUACCUAUAGUGUGUAGACAUAUCUUCUCUGUGUCUACUAAAAUAUGUUUAUUUUAUAUUUACAAGGAGAUUGUGUAGCAAUUAUCAUUAUUUUAAAAUAUCAAAUUUGAGCAUAGUAUAUAUUUAAUUAACAGGUAAAAGCAAACAAGGACGAACAUAUACACAGACAUCUUUAAAUUUUUAACAAUCAUUUUAGGUAGAUUCUAUGAUUAUAUAAUUCUGAUUCUGGUUGUAUAUUUGUGUUGAAAAUGCCUUGUUUUUCAUGAAUAAAUUUCUUGUGGUUUUAAUGACACAUGUUAUUAUUUCUUUGAAAAAUGGUAUCUAAAAAAAGCAAAAUCAUUCCCUUUCAAGUACAUCUACUUUGAAGAGUAUUUAAAUAAGCUAGAAUAUUGUUAGCUGCAUUGAAAUUAAGGAUCGAGGGUUCAAACCCUUAUAGAUAGAAACAUUAUAUGUUAUUUUGGUUUUGGAGUGACAUAUGUGGAUAUAUUACCUGGCAAGAUUUUAUA